UUAGGGUUUCAGUCAUUAUCGAUGCUAUUGUUUUAUAGCGAUUAGGGUUUUCAAUAAUCGCAGAAAUUCUCGUGCAGCAGAAGCGAUGGUGAAGGGGCGGCAAGGAGAACGCGUCCGGCUCUAUGUCCGUGGAACGAUCCUUGGAUACAAGAGGUCGAAGUCGAAUCAGUAUCCGAACACGUCUUUGAUACAGAUAGAGGGAGUGAACACACAGGAGGAAGUGGCAUGGUACCAAGGGAAGCGAAUGGCGUACGUUUACAAGGCUAAGGUUAAGAAGAAUGGAUCUCACUACCGUUGUAUCUGGGGAAAGGUCACCCGCCCUCAUGGUAACAGUGGCGUCGUUCGUGCUAAGUUCAAGUCUAAUCUUCCCCCUAAAUCCAUGGGUAAUAGAGUGAGGGUUUUCAUGUACCCGAGCAACAUUUGAGUGACUUGGCUCGUGUAGAGGUCUUAAACCCGAAGCUCUUCCUGCCCGCUGGUAUUUUUAAUUUAUUCGAAAAAGUUUUGUUAUUUGAAAUGAUAGCAGCUGUGUUUUUUUCAUUAACUAUUCGAUAUGUUGCUACUUUGGUUGUUCUUGAUUGAAUGGUGAAGCACAGACAAUGCAUACAUGUUGACUAUGCAUCAUUAUGAUUUUGAAUUAUCUUUUUAGCAA